GGCUGUCCGAUAAAUCGAAUAAAGUAGAAUAGAAUAGGCUAACCUAGCAGUGUUCGUACGAGACAGUCAACAAUAUUUUAUCAGACAAGAAAUGGAUAUACAAGGAAUAUGGGACUUGUUUAUUGAUCUAUUGGAUGAGGAUGAUGAUAUUGACUACCUUCCACCUGAAUGUCAGUUUCAUCCUAAGAUUCCAGAUUUUGUUGAAUAAACUGUCGUAUUUACAUAAAUAUUCUUUCACUGAUUUCAAAUCACAUUUUCGACUAGAAAAACAUACUUCUGAAAGAUUAAUACAAGACUUUGGACCUCGUUUGUACCGUGAGCAUGGUGCUGCAAAAAUGUCUCCUCCUAAACAAAUAGUUAUUACGUUAUGGUGUCUCAGUAAUCAAGAAGUUUACAGAUCAGUAGUAGAUAGAUUUGGAAUAACCAAAGAUACCGUUUGGAAAACUAUUUUUGAAGUUAUGACGCUGCUCACUGCAGAUGUUCAUAGAUAUAUUAAAUGGCCUGAUCCUCAUGUAGUGGUAAACUUUGAACAAGAAUUUCGUGAAUUAAAUGGUUUCCCUGAGGUAUUUGGAGCAAUUGACUCUCACAUAGCUAUAAGCGUACCUAGUCAAAAUUCGGAUAGCUAUAUUAACCGCAAAGGUUAUUACCCGAUAGUACUACAAAGAAUUUGUGACUAUAAAUUAAGAUUCAUACAUGUGUUUAUAGGUACGUGUGGUAGUGUUCAUGACGCCAGAGUCUGGCGUUUAAGUGACAUUAAACAAUUAAUAACACAUGAUGAAUAUAGAUACUUCCAAAAUAAAUAUUAUCUUUUAGGUGAUUCAGCAUAUCCUUUAUUGAAGUAUACAGGGUCAUCGAAAAGUAUCGGAUCCCCCUAAUAUCUUCAGUUAGAA